GAUGUCUAGUCUGACCAAAGUCUCUAGUGAUGGAAACGCCAAUAAGAAAAAUAAUUUAAUGUCUAUUAUCGAUUCUUUGCACUCUUCUUCAAAUGUCAAUCAAUCAAAUGAAAAUGACAUUUCUUCAACUAGUAUGAGGGCUGAAGAAUCCCAGAAUCAUGAAUCUGAGAAUUCUGAUGUUCCAUGCAAAACUGAACCUAAAGACGAGUCCAAAGUUGAUUCUGGUGCGUUCCCAGCUCAAGAAUCAAGUAUUACUGAGAAAGAUUCCCAGGCACUCAAUACAGACAAUGAUUUGGUGGGAAAUAUUUUGAAAAUGUUGUAUCAAGCCAUGUCAAACAAUACAGAUCAAGAAUCUGGCUCGUCUCAACCUUCGAUGGAUGAUACUCCCAAUGAUGAAGCUUUACUUGAAAUGCAACAUCCACCUACAAGAAGCAAAUCAGCGGUUCAGCCUCUGCUGAACAGCCUUGCAAACGGCACCCAAGAAGUAAAAUCGAUUAUACAUAACGAUAUCAAUUUGGUGUACGAAUGCAGAAGAUGUAAAGGAUUAUUUCGUGCGUUGCCGAAUUUACUUCGACACAAGAAAGAGUAUUGUAGAGACAUUGGAGUAUUUUCUUCAUUCAUGAAUAGACCAACCAAUAGUACAGAAGAGGAAGACACCGCCUUUCAACGGGUUCUCAGUGCUUUGCACCCUCCAGAAUCAUCUCAUAAUUUAACUACUUCAGAAAGUUUGAACAAUUCAAACACAACUUUAGUACAUAAUAUAGACUCAUCAUCUGUCCCUCAUGGUACAUAUCUUAUACCAGUUGCGCAACACCCUAUUCAAAGCAUGCCAUCCAAUGUAGUUGGAUCAAGUUUCUUUCCAAGGAAUAUUGCGCCAUCGGUUCAAGGUACAAAUAUGAUAAAACCCGGACAAGUUAUGUCAUUUAUGCACAAUAGCGCCUCGAAUUUUACAAUCGGUAAAAGCGUACAAAAUGGUCCGAGGUCUACACAGAGCAAAAAGCACUUUUGUCCUCUAUGCAAAAAGGUGAUGUCAGAACGAAAAAGUGUUCGGCGACAUCUUGUGCGUAUACAUAAAUUGUCUGUAAUGGAUGCUUUGAAGCUUGUACAUAGCGGAAAUGGUAAUGCAAUGUCCAAACAAGCUAAGAGCUCCAGUACUACCUCUACUGAUCAACCCAAAUCUAGCCCACACAUUGUAAAUAUCACUUCAAACUCGACUUCACCUAAAUCAGCAAAUGAUUCUCUGCCUCAGAAAGAAGAUAAGCCGAAUCAAAGCAUUCAAAAUUUGAAUGAAAUUUGCAUCGAAAUCUUGAAACUUGGAGAUGGUAGAAAGAUCAACGUACUCCCAUCCACUUUUAAACUCUUCAGCAAGCAGUGCCCGGUUUGUCCACGGGUACUAUGCAGAAGAACAAAUGUUCGGCGGCAUUUAUUAGAAUCCCAUAAUUUUAUCAUAAAAGGUGACAAGAAAUAUGAUCAGCUAAAAGAAUUAUUGAAUAAGAAAGGAUUUGCUAGUCCAUCGUUGCGCACCUUAAGAACUGUUAAAAUAUCAGGUACUGAUGAUAAAACACGCUCGGCGAAGAAAAAUACUGUUGGGACAAAAGUUAUUAUUGGAAAUGGUCUUGGUACCCAGAUGCCUUCACUUUCAUUGUUAAGGGUUAAUCAAGGCCCUGAAACAGAAAAUAUAACGGAAUCCAAUGGUAAUUCAUCAACGCUAGAAGUCAAACAAGAGAUAUUAAACGCUGGAAAAUAUUCACCAGAUUCAGUCAGUCAACUUCAGCCAUCUUCCUUAGAUGAAGAUACUUUUACUACGAUAAAGAUUGAGACUAACGACCAAGAGAUGUUGAGAGUUGACAAACAAACAUCACAAAUUGACCGCAUAUCCAGUUUUGAAUGUCCUUAUUGCAACAAAAGUUUUUCUAGAAUGCGAACGUUGAGAAAUCAUAUGUUUUCUUUUCAUAAUAUAAGCAAUGAAGAAUUUAACCAGAAGUAUAUUACCUCAAACUCUUCAAACACCAUCAAACGGGCAUCUGAACAAGCAGUCGAAAUGAAUGAUGAGCCCCCUCAGAAAAGUAGAAAACUAGAAUCAGACUUAUCUGGCACCAAUAUUUUGAACCACGUACCAAUUACCUAUAGAGAAAAUGUUUCAGCCUCUCAACAGUCUUCAGCACAAGGCGAUCUAGAGAAAGCGUCUCCCACUGGAAUGAAUACAUCACCAACAGUAUCCUUUAGCAACGGGACCGAUCUUCUUCAGGGGGACGAAGGCUGUAGCAACAGGAGAAUAGUUCUAAGAAAACUGGGCACUGCUAGCAACACUACUGAUCCAAGUACAAGCACGAUGGUGCGACCGCUUAUUGAGGUUAAGCUUAAACGAACAAUCAUAGGAUCAAAAGAACCUGGGAAAAGCAUUAAUAUAUCUUCCUUGAAAUCUUUUGUUACCUCAACUAACACCUCACAUGCUUCAUCACCAAAUACUGGAAUAAGAUCUCCAAAAACGUCUCUUUUGGCCAAGUCGCCUGAUGGGACUAACAAGCCUUCGUUUGAUAUUGGUAAACAAAUUUGUUAUACUUGUCAUAGAAAUUUUGCCACAUCGCAAGGAAUCAGAAGUCAUUUAUUGCAAGUGCAUCGUUUAUCAAACCAUGAUGCUUUAGCUGCAAGUCGUGACUGUUCACCAGUGAGUGAGCAUCUGCAAAGAGCUGGACUUGAACACGGUUACGAUAUUAUGUUAGCAAAGUGCAUACUUUGCAAUAAAUUAUGUUUCUCUCGAGAAUAUUUAGCCAACCAUAUGAAAAAAAUUCAUCAUCUAUCGGAGGAUGAAAUAAAGUACGUAACAGCAUCAUACACAAGUGAAAUCAAACCAAAAAAGUCUCCAGCAGCUAGAGUGCAAUCACCUUUGUCAACGAAUUCAGGUCAGCCUAAACAGAGCCUAAAGGUAAAGCCAAUAAAACAACAAAAAACAACAAAUUGUUUGCAAUUCCAACCGCCAGUAAGACAGCAUGUGAAAUUAAAGGGAAGUAUGUAUGUGACGUCGAAGGAAAGUGUGAUACAAGCUCUUCAACUUUACCCAAAGAACUUGAUUAAUUCAAAGUCAAUGAGAUGCAUUAAAUGCAAGCAUAGAUACAAAAAGAUGUGGGAUCUAAAAGUUCAUCUUCUGAAACAUACGGGAACAGGAUUGUAUGCAUGCAAACACUGUCCAAAGCCAACACAAUACCUAGGACCCACUAGAUCAGAGGAUGUGAUAAAACAUCUAACUGAGAAACACCAGAUCAAAAUAACUGCUAAAAAUAGACUUCGGUACUUGGAAGAAUGCCGUGUCAAUAAUGACCCAUUAUGGGCUGCUUAUGAUUUUCCUCUAGGCAGAAAACGUGUACCUCUACACUAGUCAAAAAUGUUUCAAGUAUCUUGAUUCUCUUCAGCAUUGCCGUUAUUCUAUGUAAAGUAUCUAAGUUAGAGGUCUCAAACUCAAUUUACCUAGGGCCACUGGAGGCAGAGUCUGGGUGGGUCUGGACUGCAUCAGGUUUUCCACGAUAAAAGCAUAGUUAUUAGUUAGUUUAAAAAAUUCAAAUCUUUUCAAAUUUCUUUAUUUAACUGAUGGACAGUGAUAUCUCACCAUUUGGGAAACACGGUUACAAUGUAUCAAUAUAAAUCUAACCAUUAGUGAUUGUGACAUCAAAAAUUCGAGAACUUAUAACUUAAAUUAAAUGUACUAACCAUGUACUGAGCUAAAUGAAUUGGGGGCCACACUAACAUUAAGCUUUCAUACUAGGGUGGGGGCCACAAACUGUAGUCCUGAAUUUGAGACCCCUGAUUUAGAUGAUUUGUUUAUUUUACAAAUCAUCUGUUUGCAAUGAAAUUCCCAAGCCAAUAAUACAGAAUGUGUGAGUCGUUGCCCUUAUUCUGUUAUCAAGUCACAUUUAUUUAGCCAUAUUAGCAUUCACAAUAUUAAUGACAGUUAUUAUGCAAUUAUUAUCUACAGAGAUCCUAAAUAACAACUCAUAAAUUUCUCAAUUCUAUGAAAAUCAAAAAUUGAAUUAACACUUGAACUUCUGUUUGUGUAUGAUUGUACCUAAAAGUUUCAUUAAUCUAUUUGGCUUCAGACGAAAAUUGUAUGUUCUGUCUAGAACAGCGAUUCCCUGUAAGGGGCUCGUGGCCGAACAAGGGGCCUCAAGAGCAGUUGGAGAGGGCCAUCAUGCUAGGCGCAAAACUGAUUUUACUUUUCCUUUAAUAAGAAAACUGUUUAAUUGCUUGAUGAUGUCAUUUCACAGAAUGUCUCCCCUUUGUUAAGCAUGCAAUGUUUGAACAUAAUGGGAUUUGAAAUCUGCCGAUGGAAAUAACACUAUCAAUACCAAUGAAAUGAUAAACAAGAGGGCAUGAGUAUUAAAAUCCUCUGAAAGGGGGCCACAGGCUUUAAAAGGUCUCAAACUGCUCAAGAAUAUGUACCAAAUUACCUGGAUAAUUUUUUUUUCUGGUGUAUAUCCACUGCCAUUAAAAACCUAUUAUAAUUUAUUGUUCACUGUUUUCAAAUUCGGAUAUGACAACUCUUGGCCCCGACUUCAGUGUGUUUGCAUGAGAUAACUGUUGUUUUUUGAAUAAGUGGAAAACAUUUUCAUGACAACAAAUCAUAUGACAACUCUUGGCCCAGACUUAAGUGCGUUUGCGUGAGAUAACUUGUUUUUAUUACAUAUUUAUUACUAUUCGGAAGUUUGUUAAAAUGUGCUUGGAAGCUACCAGUAAUGUCAAAGGUUAUUCAUUGCUAUUAUCAUCAUUAUAGUAUGGCAUAGUUGUGCUUCAUGAAA